CACACACACACACACACACAGGAUGAAGAUGAAGAGGAUGGGGAAGAAGAAGUGUGAGGGGCUUCAUCAUCAUCAUCAUCAGUAGCAGCAUCAGCAGCAGUGAGGACAAAGUCAUGAAGAAGUAGUUUGAAGGAAGAACCAAGGAGACAUUUCCCCCGCUCCUCUUCCUCCUUUUCUCGUCGGCGGACCUCCUCCCACCUCUCGCCGUGGGGUCUCAGCUGGCCGUCUCCCUCCCCCCGUCCCUGGCUCCCUACCUCCCGCGGACUCUGCUGGGAUCCUCCGGGCUGCUGCGCGCCAGGAGGAUGUCUCGCAGGCCGUCUCCCAGCCCCCAGGAGCCGCCGAGGCUGGGGGUGGAGGUGGAGGUGCGGCGCGGCGGGGACGAGGAGUGUCCGGAGCGCGCCGAGCCGCUGUCGGACGGCGAGAGGGAGCUGAUCCAGGACACGUGGGACCAGGUCUACAAGAACUGCGAGGACGUGGGAGUGUCCGUGCUCAUCAGGUUCUUUGUCAACUUCCCCUCUGCCAAGCAGUACUUCAGCCAGUUCCAGGACAUGGAGGACCCUGAGGAGAUGGAGCGCAGCUCCCAGCUGCGACACCACGCCCGCAGGGUGAUGAACGCCAUCAACACGGUGGUGGAGAACCUCAACGACCCGGAGAAGGUGUCCUCGGUCUUGGCCCUGGUGGGAAAAGCUCAUGCCGUCAAACACAAAGUGGAGCCGAUGUACUUCAAGAUCCUGAGCGGGGUGAUGCUGGAGGUGUUUUCCGAGGACUUUCCUGAGUUCUUCACGGCCGAGGCGCAGGUGGUGUGGAGCAAACUGCUGGCGGCGGUGUACUGGCACGUGACCGGGGCCUACACCGACGUGGGCUGGCUGCAGGUGUCCAGCUCGGCCGUGUGAAAGGUUCCAUGUGGUCGAUAGAGGAGUUUUUUUCUGUGGACUUUGAGUGUGAAGGAGAAUCUUCUUUUUUUUCCCAAUUUUAAUUUAUGAUUUUCACAAGUAGGAUUUUUUAUAUUUCUAUUAGGAAGUUUUUAUAAUUUUUUAAAGCAAGGUUUAAAGGGAAACUGCACUUUUUUUUUUUUUUGCCUAUAAUUCAUAAUCCUUACGUACGACAAGAACACACAUUUAAAAAAAAAAAAAGUAUUCUAAAUCAUAAAAUAUGGCCAGUACAAGGUGGCUAACAAUGCAGUGUUCAUAAAGCUCUAAAAAGCGCCAACAAUACUGCAUUCACCUCUUGUGACCUGAAUAUUGAGCAAGUAUUAGCGAUUGUGUUAUUAUAAGUGCUAACGCAGACAAACUAUUUUCAUCUACCAUGAAUAAAUUGACGUGUAGCCCGACUUAAACAAGUUGAAAAACUUAUUGGGGGUGUUACCAUUUAGUGGUCAAUUGUACAGAAUAUGUACUGUACUGUGCAAUCUAGUGAAGUGAAUUAUAUUUAUAUAGCGCUUUUUCUCUAGUGACUCAAAGCGCUUUACACAGUGAAACCCAAUAUCUAAUUUUUACAUUUGAACCAGUGUGGGUGGCACUGGGAGCUGUGACUAGGAUGGCGGAAGCAGGAUUUGAACCGGCAACCCUCAAGUUGCUGGCACGGCCGCUCUACUAACCGAGCUAUACCACCCACUACUAAUUAAAGUUUCAAUCAAUCAAUCACAGGGAGCUAACUAGCUUAUGUUUCUCUAUUGACAUAUUGAGUCGGUGAAAGUCAAUUCUCGAUUAUAAAUCAUGCCUCUCACCUGGAUAGUAGAAGAUUGUGGUCAUAAACCAUAGAGUUGGUCAACUUUGACAUUCAACUUAUACAGAGUAAGACAUAAAAAAAAGUACUUAAUUGUCUUUAAUUCUUCAUCUAAACGAGAUGAUACAAACAUGCCGUGAGUUGGCAGCCCAGUGAUAGCAGACAUUGUACAGUGAUUGUUUUAUUACGUUUGUAUAUAUAUAUCGUAUUGAGCACUUAGCAAGACUUCUACAUGAUGCUUAGUGUCUCACUAAAGUUGGAUCUGUUUUGCUACUAAAACGUGUCGCUCAUUCAGGUUUCAAAAACAGAAGGUUCUGAUCAUCAUUUGUCCCAGAGUAUGAGUUGGGAAAUUGUGUUAGAUGUAAAUAUAAACGGAAUACAAUGAUUUGCAAAUCCUUUUCAACCCAUAUUCAGUUGAAUAUGCUACAAAGACAACAUAUUUGAUGUUCAAACUGAUAAACAUUAGUUUUUUUGCAAACUUUAGAAUUUGAUGCCAGCAACACGUGACAAAGACGUUGGGACAGGUGGCAAUGAAUACUGAUCAAGUUGAGGACUGCUCAUCAAACACUUAUUUGGAACAUCCCACAGGUGUGCAGGCUAAUUGGGAACAGGUGGGUGCCAUGAUUGGGUAUAAAAACAGCUUCCCAAAAAAUGCUCAGUCUUUCACAAGAAAGGAUGGGGCGAGGUACACCCCUUUGUCCACAACUGCGUGAGCAAAUAGUCAAACAGCUUAAGAAGAACGUUUCUCAAAGUGCAAUUGCAAGAAAUUUAGGGAUUUCAACAUCUACGCUCCAUAAUAUCAUCAAAAGGUUCAGAGAAUCUGGAGAAAUCACUCCACGUAAGCGGCAUGGCCGGAAACCAACAUUGAAUGACCGUGACCUUCAACCCUUCAGACGGCACUGUAUCAAAAACCCACAUCAAUCUCAAAAGGAUAUCACCAUAUGAGAUCAGUAACACUUCAGAAAACCACUGUCACUAAAUACAGUUUGUCACUACAUCUAUAAGUGCAAUUUAAAGCUCUACUAUACAAAACAAAAGCCAUUUAUCAACAACAUCCAGAAACGCCGCCAACUUCUCUGGGUCCGAGAUCAUCUAAGAUGGACUGAUGCAAAGUGGAAAAGUGUACCGUGGUCUGACGAGUCCACAUUUCAAAUUGUUUUUGUAAAUAUUCGACAUGGUGUCAUCCGGACCGAAGGGGAAGCGAACCAUCCAGACUGUUAUUGACGCAAAGUUGAAAGGCAAGCAUCUGUGAUGGUAUGGGGGUGCAUUAGUGCCCAAGGCAUGGGUAACUUACACAUCUGUGAAGGCACCAUUAAUGCUGAAAGGUACAUACAGCUUUUGGAACAACAUAUGCUGCCAUCUAAGCGCCGUUUUUUUCAUGGACGCCCCUGCUUAUUUCAGCAAGACAAUGCCAAGCCACAUUCAGCACGUGUUACAACAGCAUGGCUUUGUAAAAAAAGAGUGCGGGUACUUUCCUGGCCCGCCUGCAGUCCAGACCUGUCUCCUAUCAAAAAUGUGUGGCGCGUUAUGAAGCGUAAAAUACGACAGCGGAGACCCUAGACCAUGGGUGUCAAACUCUGGCCCAGGGGCGUCGCGCAGACAUAUUUCACUGGGGCACGUGCCCCACUGUUGAUCUGCAGUGCCCCAGUACAAAUUUCACCCAAAAAAAAAAAAACGCUUCAGAGUUUUAAGUCUACAUAACAUAGACAACAGCGCACAUACUACUUAGUAUGGUAAUUGAUUGCUAAUGUAUUCACUCCAUGUAACAAUGACACAUGGCUAAUUAAUAUGGUAAUUUAUUCACGUGUGGAUCGAGACUUCGGUUGAGAGAGAGAGAGAGAAAGAGAGAGAGAGAGAGAGGGGCGACGCGAAUCACUGCGUGAGGUAGGUAACGUUAGCCAACAACAAUUUGUUAAUUAUAUUAUUUUGAUUUUGAUUUGGCUCAAACUGUAACUCCUAGAUGGAUUUAAGAAAGUUAUUCGCCCGCAAUGCAGAAGAAGCAGCAAGAAUGAGAGAUGUAAGUGAAGUCCUAGCUAGCUAGGCAACAUCAUUGUCUUAAGUUAAUGCUAAGUUAGCUGACGUUAUUCCUUGUAUCAAGACAAACAUUCAUUUGCUGUACGAGCUGUCGGGGGAAUUUCCAAUCAACAUAAAACAUAAUGUUGGUUAUUGUCUGCUGGUUCUGCAUCAAUGAUGAUUUGGAGUCAGCAUGUGUGAGUUGAGUGCUUCUCAAAUGGUUUAUCUUCAGGAAGAAACACAUUUUUCCAUAUCAUCAAGUCGUGAGCCAAAUUUUUAAAUCAUUCAAGUUUAUUUCACAGAAAAAUAGCACAGUAGACUUGUCUUGUUAAUCGGUGUGACUUUGACUAAAAUAAUCUUGUUUUGUCACCGGAAAAAUGGCUACAGCUAAAGCAUCUGGUCUUGUUUCCAGAAAAAAUAGUAACAUUUCUGUAUUUGUUUUCAGAAAGAAGGCUGAAAAUAUUGUGUUUUGUUGCCCCAUUUAGAUUUUUUAAAAAUAUAUUUCCAUGUCUGUACUAAGUCCUCCUCCAACUUGUUAGUCGGUUCGCCUUUUGCUAAAAUACUCACUAAUAGUCACUAGAAAAAAGGCUAAACAUAUCUGGUUUUCUUGCCACUAUUUGAUUUUUUUUCUCCCUAAACUUUUUUUUUUUUCCAUGCACACAUCUGACUGCGACUCACUGAAAAUGACACACAAUCCACUUUUAUGUCACGACCCAGCAGUUGGGAACCACUGGUCAACUGUAUAACAGUUACUGUAAUAUUUCCAUGUCUGUCCAGAGUGAUUGACCACUUUGCAAAAAUAAAAAGGAGACGUUACAGUUUACUUCUCAGAAAAUGAUUCCCUGAAUAGACACACAACAGUUGUUCAUUUAUUCUACUACUGUGGCUUUAUUGUUUUGUGUAUAUUUGAUAGUUUUGUGUAUCUGAAAUAGGAUUAGCCACAUUGCCAUAUAUGGAAAUUAAAUAAUAUAGAAGAACCCAGAGAUGUAGGGGUGCUUUAUUUUUUUUUUUACUUUUGUAGAUGUUAAAUUUGCAGAUGCUUACUGCAAUAAAUAUUUCAAAAAGAUUCAUUGCUCUUCCUUUUUGCUUUUACCAGUAGCAGUUUAGAAGUCUGGAGUAAAAAAGUGCACAAGUAGGUCAAAUGCAUUAGUUAAUUUCAGGUGGUUAAUCAAAGAUCCAUACAACAUAAUCUGAUAUGAUUUCAUAGUUUAAAGCACUAUUUAUGUAUUUUUUAUGAUAAAUAAGUGCUAAAAAUGUGUUUGCUUGCGCGCUUUGCACGCUCACAUGAAUUAUUUGUGCCCCAGGUGUGCCCCAGUACAGUAUUAGGUCUAGUGACGCCCCUGCUCUGGCCCGCCGUGUAAUUUAAUUUGGCCCUUGAGGCAAUAUCAAUUUAGCAUUAGAGCUGGCCCGCCGGUGUUAUACAGCGUCUGUGCCGCUGUAACACCGCAUUCACCGCUAAUACUCAUACUUGCCAACCCUCCUAAUUUUCCCGGUAGACUCUACUGAUUUCCACCUGGACAACAAUAUUGGGGGCGUGCCUUUAAGGCACUGCCUUUAGCGUUCUCUACAACCUGUCGUCACGUCCGCUUUUCCUCCAUACUAACAGCGUGUCACAUAAUAUUUGUGGCUUUUACACAAAUGCACAAGUGAAUGCAAUGCAUACUUGGUCAACAGCCAUACAGGUCACACUGAGGGUGGCUGUAUAAACAACUUUAGCACUGUUACAAAUAUGCGCCACACUGUGAACCCACACCAAACAAAAAUGACAAAUACAAUUCGGGUGAACAUCAGCACCGUAACACAACAGAACAAAUACCCAGAAGCCCUUGCAGCACUAACUUCCGGGAAACUUCCAGCAAACUGACCAAUAAUUAACGUUUUAUUCAUGCCUUUUCUCUUGCUACUUCAAGGCUUGAAUGUUUGGUUCAUUCAUUGUUAUUUUAUUUUCAAAUUUCUUAUUAGCCUGUGGAAAAAUGUUGAUAUUUACCUCAGAAUAUUGCAAAUAGAAAAAAAGACAUAACAUUCUUAUUUAAAUUUUAUUUGAUAGGCCAUUGAUAUUUAUUUAUUUAUUUAUUAUUAUUAUUAUUUGAAACUGGAUUUUGCAUGUCACUAUAAAGUUAUAUAAGCCUUGCUUGUUCAAUAUUUAAUGCAAAACUUGUUUGGGUCCCUAUUAAAAGGUUCAUUUGUUCAACCUUGGCCCGCGGCUUUGUCCCGUUUAAAAUUUGGGCCCACUCUGUAUUUGAGUUUGACACCCCUGCCCUCCUAGACUGUUGAACGACUGAAGCUCUACAUAAAACAGGAAUGGGAAAGAAUUCCACUUUCAAAGCUUCAACAAUUAGUUUCCUCAGUUCCCAAACGUUUAUUGAGUGUUAAAAGAAAACGUGAUGUAACAGUGGUGAACAUGCCCUUUCCCAACUACUUUGGCACAUGUUGCAGCCAUGAAAUUCUAAGUUAAUUAUUAAUUGCAAAAAGAACCAAAAGUUUAUGAGUUUGAACAUCAAAUAUCUUGUCUUUGUAGUGCAUUCAAUUUGCAAAUCAUUGUAUUCCGUUGAUAUUUACAUCUAACUCAAUUUCCCAACUCAUAUGGAAAUGGGGUUUGUAUAUUGGUUUGUCCAUAGUAGCACGCUUUGUGUGUUAUUCUAAUGACCCUUUUUUGAAGUUGAAUUAUCUCUCUGUUUGAAUGCUAGACAAAAUGUAAAAAAAAAGAAGUGCAGUUUAAGUGAUUCUGUGUUCAUUUUUAAGUGGAUAACUUCUGCAAACAUUUCAUGACAUUUGAGCUGAUUCUGGCCCCUAAAAGCGGUCAAUACUAAUUAUCUAGUCAAGCUCUUAAAGACACGUGGGUGGCCCCUUCUCUACUUCCCGCCUUUCAAGUCUAGCAUAUAAUUAUCAUCAAGGGCGUCCGCAGUCCGAGAGUUAAGACAGAAAAAAGAACAUUUGUGUAGAAAACGGCGCUGGCUGUGUCUAAUAUCCAGACAAGGAAUGCUUUUAUGAGGCCUGGCCAUGGAGCUGAUGACUGUUAGUUGCUUUUUCUGUGCUAUAACCCUCCCUGCGCUGUUUAAUCCAACAUAGUACAUACAUACAUACAUACAUACAUACAUACAUAGUACAUAGUAGCUUUUUCUGUGCUAUAACCCUCCCUGCGCUGUUUAAUCCAACAUAGUACAUACAUACAUACAUACAUAGUACAUAGUAUUUUUUCUGUGUUAUAGCCCUCCUUGCACUGUUUAAUCCAACAUAGUACAUGUUUAGUCCUCUGCACUGGCCAAGUGCUCCAGUGGACACAAACACUGAGCAAGUGGGGUGGAAAAUGUCGGCGGCAGGUGGGCCCAGUCAGCAGGAAGCUGGCCCUAAUAUUUACACGUAAGUCACGCUCGUCAGAGACGUGCUGCGUUACGAGCUCCAUUAAGAGCUCCAUUAAGAGCUUUUAAAAACCUCCUCGGGAGGUCCAAGGAACCAGAGUUUGGUCGGACUUUGUACAAAAAGUCAUGUGCUCUCAUUAGCUGCCAUUUGUGUUUCUGCACAUGGGCUUGCAGGCGUCGUGGUUCCUGCACAAUGUUGACAAACAUUUGACAUAUUUUAACAAUAGUGUGAGGGAAAUUAUCUAUUUUGUGUGGGGGGAAAAUUCUACUUAAUUCUUUUGAGACAUAGGAGACACACAUAUGCAUUUUAAGUAGUAAAAAACUGCUAGCAAGAGGUGGCUGACAAAGCAGGUAAUCUAUUCCGCCUAUACAGCAGAGGGUCGAUAUUUGGCAUUUUGACGUAUAUCAGUAUCAGAAUUUUUCCAGAAGGUCCCGGAACCCACUCAAAUACAAACACUCAAUAAGUCAUCUUGGCCCUGCAAUGAGGUGGCGACUUGUCCAGGGUGUACCCCGCCUUCCCGCCCGAAUGCAGCUGAGAUAGGCUCCAGCAACCCCCCGCCAUCCCAAAAGGUACAAGUGGUAGAAAAUGGAUGAAUGUCACAUAACAAGAAGAUAGAGAAAAAGAAGCUUAUCCACUACGGUGUCGACACGGACUACAAAGGCGGACUUGCACAAAUUUUCAGUACUCAUGCAGAUCCCAAAUACAGAUCAGCAGGUACCAGAAGGUAAGAAAAGUUGAUUUUGCAUAAUAUUGUGAAACAAAACAGCAGAUAUGUCUUACCUUAUACACACAGCAUAAUAAUACUCCUAUGUUGAAGCACAGUACAAUCCAUCAAGCGGUGUGGCUUCAUAGCUUACCAAAGUCCUACUAAAACAUUUAGAUUUUUGAGUGCCAUGUGUAAUGUUCUAUAUUCUCAAUGAAACAUAUAAAACGUUGCUGUUGUUUACUUGAGUCAUAUUGCAGUCUACAUGUAUCUCUUAUGUUUGACUGCCAUCUACUAGUCACACUUAUUACACCAUGUACCAAAUAAGAUUGCUUCGAGGUCGGUCAGCACAACCAAAAAGAUUCCGUACAUUCGGCGCACCGAGUUAUAAGGCGCACUGUCGAGUUCCGAGAAAAUUAAAGGGUUUUAAGUGUGCCUUAUAGUCUGGAAAAUACGGUAUUUACGUUAUUUUGCUAAUUUUAAGCAUUACCUGAACAUCUUUCCUGAGCACUUUCAUUUCACAGAGCACAGCAACCGUCGCUAUUUGUGUAAAAAAAAAAAAAAGCUCAGGAGCUAACAAACAUCUCUGUGAGCAAAGUGCGGGGUUACUAAAAAAUAGUUCCUCUACGUUAGCUUGGUAAAUUUGCAGGUCCCGGCAUAUACAGGUGCUGGUCAUAUUAUUAGAAUAUCAUGAAAAAGUUGAUUUAUUUCAUUAAUUCCAUUUAGAAAGUCAAACUUGUAGAAUGUAUACAUUCAUUCCAAACAGACUGAUACAUUUCAAGUGGGGUUUUUUUGCCAAAAAGGAAAGGAUUAUAGAUGACAACCAAUGAAAACCCUAAAUUCAACAUCUCAGAAAAUUUGAAUAUGGUGAAAAGGUCAGAUAUUGAAGACACCUGGUGCCACACUCUGAUUAGCUAACUAACUCAAAACACCUGGAAAAGCCUUUAAAUGGUCUCUCGUUUUGAUUUUGGAUGACACACAAUCAUGGGGAAGACUGCUGACUUGACAACUGUCCAAAAGAUGACCAUUGAUACUUUAAAGAAGGAGGGCAAGACACAAAAGGUCAUUGCCAAAGAGGUUGGAUGUUCCCAGAGCUCUGUGUCCAAGCACAUUAAUAGAGAGGCGAAGGGAAGACAAAGAUGUGGUAGAAAAAAGUGUACAAGCAAGAGGGAUAACCGCGCCCUGGAGAGGAUUGUCAAACAAAAUUUUGGGGGAGAUCCACAAAGAGUGGACUGCAGCUGGAGUCAGUGCUUCAAGAACCACCACGCACCGACGUAUGCAAGAUAUGGGCUUCAGCUGUCGCAUUCCUUGUGUAAAGCCACACUUGAAUAAGAGACAACGUCAAAAGCGACUCGCCUGGGCUCAAGACAAAAAGGACUAGACUGCUGCUGAGUGGUCCCAGGUUAUGUUUUCAGAUGAAAGUACAUUUUGUAUCUCCUUUGGAAAUCAAGGUCCCAGAGUCUGGAGGAAGACAGCAGAGGCACAGAAUCCGCGUUGCCUGAAGUCCAGUGUCAAAUUUCCACAAUCGGUAAUGGUCUGGGGUGCCAUGUCAUCUGCUGGUGUUGGUCCACUGUGUUUCCUGAGGUCUAGGGUCAAUGCAGCAGUCUACUAGGAAGUUUUAGAACACUUUAUGCUGCCAAUUUUAUGGAGGUGAAGAUUUCAUUUUCCAACAUGACUUGGCACCUGCACUCAGUGCCAAAUCUACCCGUACCUGGUUUAAGGACCAUGGUAUCCCUGUUCUUGAUUGGCCUGCAAACUCACCUGACCUUAACCCCAUAGAAAACCUAUGGGGUAUUAUGAAGCGGAAGAUGCGAGAUGUCAGACCCAACAAUGCUGAAGAGCUGAAGGCCACUAUUAAAGCAACCUGGGCUCUCAUAACACCUGAGGAGUGCAACAGACUGGUGGACUCCAUGCCACGCCGUAUUGCUGCAGCAAUUCAGGCAAAAGGAGCUGCAACUAAGUAUUGAUUGCCGUACAUGCUGAAACUUUUCAUGUUCAUACUUUUCAGUUGGCCCACAUUUCUAAAAAAAUAUUUUUUGGUACUAGUCGUAACUAAUAUUCAAAUUUUCUGAGAUACUGAAUUUGGGAUUUUCAGUAAUUGUCAGUACUAAUCAUCAACAUUUAAAGAAAUAAACAUUUCAAAUAUAUCACUAUGUGUGUAAUGAAUUGAUAUAAUAUGUAAGUUUCACGUUCUGAAUAUAAUCACUGAAAUAAAUCAACUUUUUCAUGAUAUUCUAAUAGUAUGAACAGCACAUGUAAGUGGAGCAUUGUUGGAUGUUUUUUUUUUGGAAGGAAUAGAUGAAUCCCCAUUACCUGCACCGUUAGACGCCUCUUGCUAACAGUUUUUUUUUAACUGAUUGUGGAAGUACUUCCCCAUAGUUCCACUGCCAGACACAGCACUGGAGCCCUGCGUGUAGCUUUUAACAAGGUUUUAUUUCAUCAGAUGGAAGGGAAAAUCGGUAGAAAAUGGAUGGAUGGAUGGAUGGUUUUCACCAAGUUCUCUCUCAAGCGGGACACGACCUUUCAGCCACGUCAAGUUAAAGUAGCAAUGAUAGUCACACACACACACACACACACUAGGUGUGGUGAAAUUUGUCCUCUGCAGUUGACCCAUCCCCUUGAUCGCCCCCUGGGAGGUGAGGGGAGCAGCGGGCAGCAGCGGUUCCACACCCGGGAAUCAUUUAUGGUGAUUUCACCCCCAAUUCCAAGCCUUGAUGCUGAGUGGUAAUGGCUCCCAUUUUUUUUAUAGUCUUUGGUAUGACUCGGCCGUGGUUUGAACUCACAACUUACCUCCCGGCCGCUUACUGUUAAAGACAACAGAUGUUUAGAUCAACACGUGCCAGCUGUGUCUCGCCGUCAGCACAUGCCCCGCCCCUGCCCGAUGGCGCCCGUCCUCAGCACCAUGGCCAGCGGCGGUGACUUUUCCUCCUGCAACUACCCCCGCAGUUGUUUAGAAUGCACAUGAGUGUUGUCUCAAAUAAGGAUUGUGAAUGAUGGGCAUAUGUGGUGAAGUUAAGCUCUAAAAGCAUUGAGAAGUUUAAAUGUGCACGGUCAUGGUCUGCAGGCCGCUCCCAUUUACCACGGCCGUCUCGCCACGAAAUACCCCAGCAUACGCCGCAAAUGACUUCAGGAUGGACAUUUGAUCCAAUCUUGGGCUGGCGUCUGCUUGACUCGUGUCCUGUUUCUGUUUGCUAAGGAGCAGCCAAUGAUGCUCACCCUACUUGCUCCACCAAUGCUAACCUCCGGUUGCCAUUGACAACGGGUCUCCAUCAUACCUACAAUGUACCUCCCAGUCAGUCUGCUUUGUGGCCAAGUGUGAAUUGGAGGAUGACAAGAAAGAACCGCCUUUGCCUUUUUUUCCCCCGCCGAGUGGAUCUUUGAUGUGAGCGUGGGUCUUUCUCUCGGGACCACCGCCAAAGCCGAGCGGAUGAACUCACUUGGGGCCAUUGAUUCCUUGUGAUGUUCCAAGAAAAGCCACGAGACUAAAAUGCAGUGGAAGCAACUUUUCCAGAAGAAAUAAUGUACCGUAAAUUCUGGUCUAUAAACUAUUUUCCCAUGCUUUGAACCCAGUGGCCUAUAAAUCGGUGCGGCUAACUAAUGUGUUUUUCUUGGCUGACGGCUACAAUGCGAAUAUUUCUCAUUAAACACAUGCAAAGACGGUUAAACGGCGUGUUAGUGUUUGUGCUAUGACGCCAUCUUUUGGACGAGUUCGCUCACUGCAGGCGCAGCUUUGAGCUGGAAGUAGAAGUUCCGUCGCCGAAUCGUCCAUAGCGUUUCUACUCGUAUGGAUUCAUCGUUCAUCAUUCCAAGCGACGUUUCUAAGGCUUACAAUACGACUAAAACAAUUCAUACUUACUAGGCCGUCCCAUGAGUGAUGUCUGUAGGAUUGUUUUCAUGCAUAUUUGUACGUGCUAUCGUAAUGUAAAGAAGUUACCAUGAAUUGAUUAACGUAGACCCCGACUUAAGUUGAAAAACUUAUUGGGGUGUUACCAUUUAGUGCUCAAUUGUACGGAAUAUGUACUGUACUGUUCAAUCUACAAAUAAAAGUUUUAAUCAAUCGAGCAAGCGCCGUUAGCAUUGGCUGAUAUUUUAACACGUUUACGAGUGUCUGUGUUAGUAUCAUUAACUUACAAUGGCAUUAUUUUUGUAUUGUUUCAGUUUUGUGUAUUCCCCAAAACGUCAGCGUGGAGUUAUUGAGUCUGUUUAGCUGGUUGGAGAGCUAGCUUCCGCAGCUCGUGGGUCCAUGACCAUGACUUCUGUUUUGUGUGAUCAGCCGUUUUACUGCCCUGUUACAGACACUGUUUGGAAACAAUUAAGGUAUGUAAAUAAACAUUUACAAAAUG